AUGGCGACAAUCUGGAAAUGUUUGGAUUCAAGAAAGCCCUGGUUCACUGUAGACUCCCAGUUUACUACAGACUUUCAGUUCACUGCAGAAUCUCAGUUCAAUGCAGACGUCGAAUUCAAUGCAACAACCCAGCUGACUGCAGCAUCCCAGCUCACUGCAGCAUCCCAGCUGACUGCAGCAUCCCAGCUCACUGCAGCAUCCCAGCUCACUGCAGCAUCCCAGCUCACUGCAGCAUCCCAGCUCACUGCAGCAUCCCAGCUCACUGCAGCAUCCCAGCUGACUGCAGCAUCCCAGUUCACUGCAGCAUCCCAGCUGACUGCAGCAUCCCAGCUGACUGCAGCAUCCCAGUUCACUGCAGCAUCCCAGCUGACUGCAGCAUCCCAGCUGACUGCAGCAUCCCAGUUCACUGCAGCAUCCCAGCUGACUGCAGCAUCCCAGUUCACUGCAGCAUCCCAGCUGACUGCAGCAUCCCAGCUGACUGCAGCAUCCCAGUUCACUGCAACAUCCCAGCUGACUGCAGCAUCCCAGUUCACUGCAGCAUCCCAGCUGACUGCAGCAUCCCAGCUGACUGCAGCAUCCCAGUUCACCGCAGCAUCCCAGCUGACUGCAGCAUCCCAGUUCACUGCAGCAUCCCAGCUGACUGCAGCAUCCCAGCUGACUGCCGCAUCCCAGCUGACUGCAACAUCCCAGCUGACUGCAGCAUCCCAGUUCACUGCAGCAUCCCAGCUGACUGCAGCAUCCCAGCUGACUGCAGCAUCCCAGUUCACUGCAGCAUCCCAGCUCACUGCAGCAUCCCAGCUGACUGCAACAACCCAGCUCACUGCAGCAUCCCAGCUGACUGCAGCAUCCCAACUGACUGCAACAACCCAGCUCACUGCAGCAUCCCAGCUGACUGCAGCAUCCCAGCUGACUGCAGCAUCCCAGCUGACUGCAACAACCCAGCUCACUGCAGCAUCCCAGCUGACUGCAGCAUCCCAGCUGACUGCAGCAUCCCAGCUGACUGCAGCAUCCCAGCUGACUGCAGCAUCCCAGCUCACUGCAGCAUCCCAGCUGACUGCAGCAUCCCAGCUCACUGCAGUAUCCCAGUUCACUGCAGCCUGCCCGGCUAAAUACCGAGCCGCAGCUCAUCUCAGCGAGCCGGAGCAGUGCCACCGAGGAACUGGAGGACCAACUCUGUGCCAUCCAAUGUUGCCUUGA